GGCACUCAUUUCUAACGGUAAUCGUGGUACGGCAUUAUUACCGACAAGCUCCCAUUAACGGAGUGUGUCCAGUCAGUCUUUAGUGUAAACGACACAAUCAGUCUAUGAAAAACAACUCUAUUUCCGCAAAAAGAAGCACAAAUUCGCUCAUGGCAUAUAAUUGUACUCUUUCUUCUUCCCCUCAAGUAAUCCUUGUACAAUCGCUUACUUCUUAAUUUAUCAAAGAAUCACUUAUUCACUAACUAGUUUAUUUACAGAGGCAUCGUUCUUUCACUUCCCUACUCAAUGGAUUCUAUUCGUGCGUUGCACUGCUAUUCUAUUGCCAAUGCCAAGUAUUCAUAUUCUAACACCCAUAUUGCGAUCAGAAGUUUGAGGAAAUCGAAACCCAGUGAAUCAAGACUGAUAUUUGCUCCCCAAAGAAUAACAGGGUCCUUCAUAUGCCGACCUAUUAGGUCCACUGGAAUCAUACGUGCUGCAUCUUCUGUUGAAACCAGGGAGGGACAGAUGAAAGGAGAAAAGAAAGGACAGCCUAGAUCAGAUCAUGAAAAGUUGAAGGUAAAGAUAUGGCUGGAUCGCCAGGUUGAGUUUGGGGAGCACGUUGCGAUUCUGGGAUCAACAAAAGAACUGGGUUCAUGGAAGAAGAGUGUGAUGAUGGGGUGGUCAGAAAAAGGUUGGGUUUCCGAAUUGGAAUUGAAGGGGAGUGAGCCUGUAGAGUUCAAAUUUGUAAUUGUUGGAAAGAAUAAGAAUCUACUUUGGGAAACUGGAAAGAACCGGGUCUUGAAGCUUCCAAGAGAAGGACUUUUCGAGAUGGUUUGCCAAUGGAACAUGACAGAUGAACCUGUGCAAUUGUUGCCUUUGGGGUCAGAAGGGGAGUAUAAAGCAGAUAAGCAGGGUGAAAAAGGAUCUUUAGUUACUGAAGAUGCUAAUAUAAUGAAUGUGCCAGUGAGUACAUUUGUGGAGCAGUGGCAAGGGAGGGCUGCAUCCUUUGUACGUUCGAAGGAUCAACUGGACUUGCAAAAAGAUAGGAAGUGGGAUACAUCAGGGCUUUCUGGAAUUCCACUAAAGCUAGUGGAAGAAGACAAGAAUUCUCGAAAUUGGUGGCGAAAGCUUGAAGUUGUGCGUGACCUAAUUGCGGGGAAUGUUGAAAGUGCAUACCGCCUGGAGGCUCUUACUUACUCAGCUAUCUAUCUGAAGUGGAUAAACACAGGACAAAUCCCUUGCUUUGAAGAUGGGGGCCAUCAUCGACCAAAUAGGCAUGCUGAAAUUUCUCGGAAUAUAUUUCGUGAAUUAGAAAGAAUCUUGGGCAGGCCAGAUGCAUCACUUCAGGAAAUACUUGUAAUCCGCAAGAUCCAACCAUGCUUGCCUUCUUUCAAAGCUGAGUUUACUGCAUCUGUCCCCUUGACAAGAAUCAGGGAUAUUGCUCAUAGAAAUGACAUCCCUCAUGACCUUAAGCAAGAAAUUAAACAUACGAUACAAAACAAGCUUCACCGUAAUGCUGGUCCUGAAGAUUUAGUUGCAACUGAACUAAUGCUUGAAAGGAUAACUAAAAACCAUGGAGAAUAUAGUGAAGCAUUUGUAGAACAGUUCAGGAUAUUCCAUCGUGAACUGAAAGAUUUCUUCAAUGCUGCAAGUCUUGAAGAACAACUGGAAUCUAUAAGGGAAUCAUUCGAUGAAAGAAGCUUAUCGAUUCUGUCAUUGUUUUUCAAGUCCAAAAAGGCCUUGGACGAAAUGGGUAAAACAAGUCAUGUUUCGGUUGAUGGAGUGAUUCCACUGCUAGUCAAUGCAUUACAAUCUUUAGAUGCCCUUCGUGAGGUACUAGUCAAGGGUCUUGAAAGUGGCCUCAGAAAUGAUGCUUCUGAUUCUGCAAUCGCAAUGCGCCAAAAGUGGCGUCUUUCUGAGGUUGGACUAGAAGACUAUGCUUUUGUGCUUAUGAGCAGGUAUAUUAACGCACUUGAAACUCUGGGAGGAGCGAAUUGGCUUGUGGAAAAUGUGGAUCCAAAAAAAAUCAUCAUGUGGAAUGAUUCAAUUGCGGGGCUUAUAGUUGGUAUUCACCAAUUAGGUCUGUCUGGCUGGAAGUCCGAAGAAUGUAAAGCAAUUAGAAAUGAGCUUUUGUCUUGGAAAGAGAAGGGCUUUUUGGAUAUGGAAGGUGGUGAAGAUGGUAGAACAAUUUGGGCACUGAAACUCAAAGCCACUCUGGACAGAUGUAGGAGGCUGACUGAAGAGUAUUCUGAGACUCUUCUUCAGUUAUUACCAGAAAAAGUCCAGGUUUUAGGAAAAGCUUUGGGGAUUCCUGAGAAUAGUGUGAGGACAUUCACGGAAGCUGAAAUUCGUGCUGGAGUGGUUUUUCAGGUUUCGAAGUUGUGUACACUACUUCUAAAGUCUACUAGAAGAACACUUGGGUCCCAUGGGUGGGAUGUCCUCAUUCCAGGAGAUUCGUAUGGAAAGUUAUUACAGGUGGAUAGAAUUGUCCCAGGUUCACUGCCAUCAUCUGUAACUGGACCUGUUAUUCUUGUGGUGAACAGGGCUGACGGGGAUGAAGAGGUAUCAGCUGCUGGGAGUAACAUAGCUGGCAUCGUACUUCUCCAAGAGCUUCCUCAUUUAUCUCAUCUAGGAGUUAGGGCCCGUCAGGCAAGUGUUGUAUUUGUGACUUGUGAAGAUGAUGAUGAGGUCACAAAUUUACAAGGACUGAUUGGAACAUAUGUCAGGCUACAAGCAUCAUCAGCAAGUGUGAAGUUAACCCCAAUUUCACAAGAGAACAGUAGCAGUGUCCUUCCUGUGGGAAUUUCCACAGAAAAUUCCUUGAAAAAUGUGGCUACCGCAGAAAAAAGAACUUCCCAAGUUACUACCAGUUUUCUGAGACAGGUUGCAUCUUCUAAAGGUGUUGUGCCACUUGCUGAUGCAGAUUUACAAAAUUCUGGGGCAAAAGCUGCUGCCUGCGCUCAUUUGGCCUCACUAUCGAUGAGUUCUCAGAAAGUUUAUAGCGAUCAAGGGGUCCCUGCUACCUUCAAAACGCCUAAUGGAGCUGUUAUACCUUUUGGGUCUAUGGAGAUGGCCCUUGAAGAAAGCCAGUCUAUGGAAGCCUUCAGGUCUCUUGUGGAACAGAUAGAAACCGCUCAAGUUGAGGAACUUGAUAGACUCUGUAAUGAGCUCCAAGAGUUGGUAUCAUCUCUAAAGCCUGCAGCAAGCAUCAUUGAAACCUUGGGAAGAAUGUUUCCUGGGAACACGCGGCUGAUUGUACGGUCAAGUGCCAAUGUUGAGGACCUGGCUGGGAUGUCAGCCGCCGGUCUAUAUGAAUCAAUCCCCAAUGUCAGUCCUUCAAAUCCAAUAGUGUUUGGGAAUUGUAUAGCCCGUGUUUGGGCAUCGCUUUACACUCGCAGAGCAGUCUUGAGUCGCAGAGCUGCUGGUGUUCCCCAAAAGGACGCUACAAUGGCUGUGCUGGUUCAAGAAAUGCUUUCUCCCGAACUUUCCUUUGUGCUCCACACCCUAAGCCCGACUGACCAUGACAGCAAUUCUGUCGAGUCCGAAAUUGCGUCCGGGCUGGGUGAAACUCUUGCAUCGGGCACAAGGGGUACACCCUGGCGCCUUUGUAGUGGAAAAUUUGAUGCAACGGUCCGGACAUUGGCAUUUGCCAAUUUCAGUGAGGAGCUGGUGGUACGUGGCUCAGGCCCAGCUGAUGGAGAAGUCAUUCGUCUGACUGUGGAUUACAGCAAAAAGCCGUUGACGGUGGACCCCAUCUUCAGGCGUCAACUUGGGCAGCAACUUGGAACGGUUGGUUUCUUCCUGGAGAGCAAGUUUGGGUGUCCUCAAGAUGUUGAAGGGUGUUUGGUAGGAAAAGACAUUUACAUUGUGCAGUCUCGCCCUCAACCACUCUAAGAAGAGCUUUUUAUGGUUUCUUCUUUCACUGUGCUUGAGUUUUUUUUCUCUAUUUGCGCGUUGUUGUUUUCUGUGUAUUUUAUUGUGACUUGCGCGGUUCCUUAAAGCUGGGGUGUAUCAUUGUAUGAGUGUAUACUGUAUAAUUUUCUCAAGUUUUUGGUACUUGAACAAUUAUCCCAUUAUGCCUGUUCAUGUUCAUGUUAAUAAAGAGCAUUUGAUGUGUUACUGCAUGUAUUGUAAUUGACUGAUAUAUGAAUCAAGUUAGGACAGGGGAAAGGGUCUUA